CGUCUUUAUUUUAUUUACAAAAAUAAGACUUUUCUCUCUUCUUUUUUUUCCUUUUUUUUUUUUUUAAACAUAUCACAAUUGUAGUAACUGUGUUUAUCCACCAGGGGGGAGUACCGUAACAUGUACUUGAUAAAUUGUCUAGCGUCAGCCUUGUCUUGUAAUUUGCACGUUUGAAUCAACGGGCCUGUUUUCAUUGUAGUGGAGCAAUGAGUCAGUAAGACUCUUUGGGUCUCGCACUAGAACGUAUUUGACAUUAAUCAUUUGUAAUCUAAGUUACCCUGUGUCGCAUUUUCCAUUGCCAAUUUUCCGCUGUUCAAUUUUUCACGAUCACUGUCAACUUUUGAAACGACCCCUGUUGAUAUUUAGUUUUAGCCAACAACACACCACCCUGAGCACUAACACCAAAUAUAUCUCCUUUUGUCCGAGCCAAGCACUCAACAUCAUUACUCAGACUCAGUUAGGUCACUGGAGAGCCACAUCAAAACAAAAAGUCACUCGUUUCCAUGGAAAUCGAUUCAACACGACGUCGGGCCAAGACGCUAACACCAAAAUCAUGUCGUGUGUCACAUUGUUUUCAUCUGAUGUCUUGUGGGAUAACAAAAAGCCUUUUGGUCAAUAAUUUGUCCGGCCUGAUGUCAUGUGUAAACAAAACCAUUACAAAUGGAUGGCUGCUAUCAGCUUUAAAUCUGUUCAAAUCGCUGUCUCGACCGUUCUUAAGCUACAAUUCAAAUCCGCCGUCAGGAGGGACGAAACGUUUUAAGAACAAACUGCUCUAUUUUUGUUUUUCACAAAAGCCUUCAAAGGUCACAUGAGUCAUUUUAAAGAUCUGUUAACUCAUUCACUGUCAAUGGAUCUUUGUAGCCAUCAAUGGCAGUGAAUGUGUUUGAAUUCUUUUCUGUGCUGAAUUGAAUAAUGAACCUUUUGGAAGAGUCUAAUCUUCUAUUUGGUAGUUUCUGUCAUUUUGUAGUUUUAGGUGGGACAGUAGGAACCUACAUCCCCCCAUUUUAAGUGCUAUUAGUUCUCCAAGUGUAUUAGAGAGGUCCAUGUUUACCCUGUUCACCAUGGGGACCAAGCCCCCCCCCCCCCAUGCAGGCCGCACACAGCCCAGGCCCAUCUCCAUGUGGCUGAGAGGAUGUUUAUGUUUUCCAGGAUUUAGAGAGGAGGAGGGAAAGGGAAAAAGGCAGAGAUUCAAGCCAAGGGAAACGGCGUGCCAGGUAGGCCUCCGAUAGCGGCGGCUCCUCCCGCCUCCUUUGGGAGCGCUUUUCAUGACGGCGUGCCAACUGAUGAGAAUCCAGGAGGAGGAGGAGGGCAAUUAACCUCUUGAGUUCUUUGGUGGCUUCCUUCAUCACUCGCUCGUUUUAGGCGGACAAACUUCUUUGAACCUGUUUUCUAUGGAACCACAAAAGGUUUGAUACAUUUGACAUCUUUCAUCUUGUCGGACUAACGGAAUUUAUUUAACCAAAGAAUGUGACAAGGACACCUGGAAACUGUUUUAAUUGGAAGACAUUUUUCAGGUCAUCAUGAAGUUGCAUCAGUCUGGACUUGGUGGAGCAUGAAGCAGCCUAAAUUCUUAGUCACCCAUGCACACAUUUGCGGUAUACCCCACUAGGAAACAGUGACUCAUUACUCUCAGCAGGUUUACUCAUGUCGGUGCAAUUUCACUUCUGCCUUUUUUUUUGAGUUUCCACAACCGUCUUGGUGUUGUCCUUCCCUACGGGCCUCCCUCGCAGAAACACCUCCCUAAAAUCUCUCAUCCGCAUUUAGCAAAUUUGUUGAAAUCAAAGUCGAGGGUCGCAAAGUAAGCAUACAAAACCUCAGCGAGAAAGAGAGGCAAACAUUUUUGGUCCCCCCGGAGUCUUCGAACGAACCUUUUCCACAUGCUGCCGCAGAUGGCCGACCAGCUUGUUCAAAGAGCCGGACAAACUGUAACUUGAGAUGCUUCAUUCAAACGUGAUUAUUAGGGAUUGCCAGCUGCCAAGUACACGGUUUCCAUUUUCGCUUUGUGAUUAGUGACUAAUUUGUACCAAUUUGCCACCGGUUAGAGACCAACUCAGAGUUGUUCACGCUUGUAAUGAACUCUGGUGAGGAUUAUUUUGGUUUAGCUUCGACAGGUGAGACAGGAAAUGAUUCCGCAGUUUAGCGCAAGAUGGUCUGGAUGACUCACACUUGGCCAAGCAAAGUACGAGACAGACACAAAUAUUUGCAGACGCUCUCAGAGCCGCCCGGCCUCGCCGUGUUAGGCUAACACUCAGCGCAGCGUUGUGUUAGCAUGGACGUAGAAACAAAAAGCAGCUGGCAGCUAAGGACUAUCGUGAACACAGAAACCUGGUUAACGUUUACCCGACUAUUAGGAGGGCGAGGGCAAGCUUCCGUGUCAGACUUAUUGGAGGUUUGAGCCAGCGACUGGAUAAUUAAAUCGUAAAAUAUUAUGUUUGGCGCAUUAUAGGCUCCAUCACCGCGGAAUGGGAUUGUUUUAUGGCCGCCUCGCAGCCCCCCGUCGUGUUCAAUUCAUUCAAUGUGUGCAGGCCGAACCCCAGCUAGACAAAUAACACCAAAACACACCCUACGACAUCCCGCGGCAAGACCGCAAAGUAGAGUACAAUCAGGUGGGCUGGUGUUAGCCAUCAUAGAGCUGCUAGCGGCUGAAACGAUCCAAGGGGGGUCUACGGGGUGUGUCCAAUUAUUUUCUGGCCCGCUUUUAUGAGCCUCUGGAGAGCUGUACCUUCUCAUAAAUGCGACUGUUAUGUGUUGAGCAACCUUUUCAGGUAGGACGGUGGUGGUGAAAACACCCUCAAGCUUUCAUUUUUAUGGCUAGCUUGAGGAAUGUUCUUUGUGGUUUACACUUACACGUGAAACCGUUCCAAUCACUCAUGUUGGUAGUGUUCUUUGAAAAGGCAUAAAAAAGAGUUUUUGUUCUCUGAGCCAUUCUUUUGCGUACUAAUUAUUUUGAAAGCACAUUUCCAUUUUAGUAGUAUCAGUUCUUCUACUUAUGUACAGUGUGUAAUUAUUAUUUUUUUAACAAUCCUGGAAAAGUGCGCAAAGCAGGGCUGGAUGAUUUUUUUUAAAAAAAUCUAACUUUUUUCUCAAUAGUCCGAAUUUGAAAUGGUAAUUUCACAUGAAUACUUUUUUUGAGUAUAUGUAAAAAAAUAUUUUUUUAAAAAGCACAAAAAUAUCAAAUUAAUUAGACGUACAUAUUUUGAAAGGCUCGUUACAUAAUAACACAAAGAAAAUGAAUUAUGAAUUAAUAGAAACAUAUUGGUUCCAAAAAUACACACUCUUGUAAAUGACUACUUAAUCUACUUAAGUAACGAAAGUUUAGUACUUCGUUACUUCCCACCAAGGCUGAACAGACGACGGUCACGCCCCCCAAAACGAGAGCGCGCGUGUGCAAAUAAUAUGAGCGUGAACCUGCUGCUGCUGCUGGCUCCUCAUCCAAGCAGGCUUCACGCUCACUCACUCAUCCGCAGUCAGGCUGACAACAAGCUUCUCUUGCUUCUCCAGUAGAAGAAGGAAAAAAAAGAACAGUCGCGUUUCAAUCUCCCCCCUGCGGAGGGUGGACGUCAAAAGCGCGGAUGUUUGACAUGUCAAGCUAGCUUUUUUUUUUUGGUGGGGAGACGAGACGGACGGGAACGUUUUAAAACACACAAGCCGGUGUCGAGGCCCGUCUCAUGUGUCAUCUCCCCCGUUUGCCGACAUAGCUGGAGAGUGCAGCUGAGCCGCCAGCUUCCAAGAUGUCCGCCAAAGCCACCAUCAACAAGGAAGUCUUCGUUCCCCACGACGAGAAGAUGUUGGCAGCCGUGCAGGUGAAACGGAAGACCAAGAAGAAGAUUCCCUUCUUGGCUACUGGCGGUCAGGGAGACUACUUGACAUUCAUCUGCCUCUCAGUGACGAAUAAGAAGCCAGCUCACGUCACCAUCACCAAAGUGAAACAGUUUCAAGGAACGUCGGCCUUUGUCAAACGCUCCCAGUGGACUAUCGAUCAACUACGGCAGGUCAACGGGAUCGAUUCCAACAAAGACUCUCCUGAGUUUGACCUAACGUUUGACAACGCCUUUGACCAGUGGGUCGCCGGUUCUGCGGGAGAGAAGUCCACCUUUGUCCAGAUUCUUCACCACACCUGCCAGCGUUACAUCCCGAUGCGAAAACCGGAAUUUGUCAACUGUCAGUCCAAACUUCUGGGAGAAGCCCAAGCGGUAGAUUCAGUCUUUGUCCGUUGCAAAGUGUUUAUGAACAGAGUGAGGAAAGAUCUGGUCGCUCGCCAUAGUCAUCUCCCACGACGAGGCAACAGUAUCCUCCACUCGGCCGCGGACAGCGUGACGAGCGCCGUGCAGAAGGCCAGUCAGGCUCUGAACGAGCGAGGCGAGCGACUGGGCAGGACCGAGGAGAGGACGGCCGACAUGAUGAACAGCGCUGAGCAGUUUGCCGUCACUGCGCACAAGCUUGCCAUGAAGCACAAGUGUUAAAACAACCACCUUGUCUUUAGGAGUGUAUUGGAGGGUCUUAUUAUCGCCAAUCACCGCUCGCCGUCCAGGUCUCUGGAGUUUUGUGGCUUUUGAAAAAGACAUAACAUUUUAGUAUUGAAGAAGACGGAGAAGAGCUAAACGUGUUGACUCGAAGGCAAACGACGUGCUUCAGUUAUCGGCCUCAUCUUUUUUCACACUGACAAGCAAUGACUCAAGGAUGUGGACCAUAUUCAAUGAUGAAUUUAUUUGUUAUUUAUGAGUGUUCUAAUGGGUGGUCGACACGCACACACAAACCGACAUUUCCUUUCUAAAGCCAAUCCUGUCUCAUCAUUAAUAAUCAGAUGACGCCCUGGGGCAAAAGUUUAAAUGAAUAAUCACAUCCGUGAUAUAAACAGAGAACAUCUGCUCGCCUCAGCUUUGUGAUCGAUAAAUUAACAAGUGUUCACCGGAGACUUCUUUUGGCCAGCUUCAGAGUUUGAAUGUUAAUCCAUACAAAACAAGUUAAAAAAAAAAAAAAAAAAAAAGGCACAUUCAGUGGAAUCUCAGUCUAACACAGUCUGAUUCAAAACUAAAUUUACUAUUAAAAGUGUACAAAUAAUGUAUCUGUGUUCUUACAUGAUUGUUUUUUUCAACAUGAGCUGCCCAAAUCCUACAAAUGACGAGUUUGACAUUCCACUGUAGAUCACACACAAUAAAUAGUCCACAAACGAUAAACCAGACUGAAAAUAUUUAUUCCCAUUUGUUUUGUUUUCUGCCAGACGGUCCUGCACUUGAAGAACAAUAUACUGUACUCUUAUGUGUAUUUGAGAGUUUUUCUGUUUGCGGGAGGCCCCAUGUGCCGCUUAAGCGCUACGUGGUGAAAAGCCAAAUGUUGUCUUCUUUGGUCAGUGUUGUACAGCUGGUGACGCCAUUCAACGCUUUUUAUUUUAUACUGGAAAGUGCUCUAACAUGUCAGCUGCUUCUGUAAAAGUGGUCCAAAAAUGAUUUCACUGACUUAUGAUGUAAAUGAUUUCAAAUAUAUUUUUUAUUUGACAUUUUAACACACAUUCUCAGCAAAGAUUGUCAGUGUGCUUUCCUCUGUCUAAUGGAUGUUUAUUGUUUUAAUAAUAAAAGGAACGAUGUUUAA